CUAUAACGAGACGAGACAAUACGUGGUUCCAACUGCCUACGAGUCAACCAUCUGUACCUCCGUCCAUCUACAUCUAUCUAUGUAAGGCGACGACCGGUUCAAAUCUCCCUGGGUUUCCGCCACCCCUACUCCUAUCUCGGGGACUCUCUCUCACCCUCGUCUCUAUUGACGCCCAAUCUUUCCUCUUCCUUUCCCCGUUCUCCUCUCCUCGUCUUCUGCAUCCAUUUGUCUUCCAUCGAAUAGUAUGCUUGGAUAUUAACCGCACCAGCUGCGAUUAUUCAUGGAGAGAAGCCAAACCGUUACUCAGAAAUUUAGCAGCUUCUCCUCCUCCUCCUCCUCCACCUCCGGCCGCGACGACAAACCCCGGGAGAUCGACCGCAGCCGCUCCUUAGGCCCCGUCAAGCUGGAAAAGAGCUACGGGAAGAAGGAGAGGGACACCGAGACGGUGACAAUCGAGGAGGAUGAAGAAGAAGGACAGGAAGAGGAGGAGGUGGAGGUUGUUGUGGUCGUCAACAAGGAGGAGGAAGCAAGCAGCGCUCCCGAAGAGCCACCGGAAGCCAGCUUUGGCUCCAUUUCGGAGGAAGUCGAUGGUUUCCUCUCCUUUCUUCUCAGCAUUGACGAUGGGCGGGAUCAGUGGCCUGAGCCGCCGGCGAUGCCCGAACCCACCAUCAAGAAGUUUCUUGAUUUCGUGGAGGAGGAGCUGGUCAAGUAUGAAUCCGGCAAGGAUGGAGCGCCUCCUCCUGCCAACGACGAGCUCGUCCUUUUCGACGCCAUUGAUCGGGUGGCCAAGCUGACUUCCGCGUUGUCGAUCUUCUCGUCGGAUACCAAGUAUAACAAGGCGAUGACUCGCGCCAGCAGCAUCCUCCGCUACGCGAUGUGUUUCCUCGAGGACGAGUUCCAUUCCCUUCUCGAGGACUCUAAACCGAAGAAGGAUACCGGCACUGCCAGGCCGAAGACUAAGCGGCGGCCGUCGAUCGGACACCUUCACGAUGCCAUCGAUCGCUGCGUUCCGCCGCCGUCGGAACCCGAUCUUGCCGAAUUUCCUUCGACUUAUACGCCGGAGAUCAUCGAGAGGCUGAGUGGGAUCGCCGGCGCCGUGGUCUCCGCCGGGUACGCGACGGAGUGCUGCCAGGUGUUCACCAUCUCCCGCCGCAAUGCGUUCGACGUCGCCCUGUCGAACCUCGGGUACGAGAAGCUCGGCGUCGACGACGUGCAGAAGAUGCCGUGGGAUUCGCUGGAGACCAAGAUCGCGACGUGGAACAAGGUCUUCCGGCAGACCGUGGAGGUCGCCUUUCCCCGGGAGCACGACCUCUGCGAGGCCGUCUUCGCCGGCCACAGCGCCAUCGCCUACAGCAUCUUCCACAACUUCGCCCGUGGCGUCACCGUCCUGCUCCUGGGUUUCGCGGAGGCCGUCGCCACGACAAAGCGCUCCGCGGAGAAGCUCUUCAAGGUGCUCGACAUGUACGAGACGUUGCGCGACAUGGUGCCGAGGAUCGAUGCCCUCUUGCGCACCACCGAAUCGGAACCGGAUGACUCCUCUGCCGCUCACGAUCUCACGACAGAGGUGGCGCUGGUUCGCUCGCGCCUCGGGGAGGCCGUCGUCGCGAUCUUCUGCGAUCUGGAGACCUCCAUCAAGACCGACAUGGGGAAGAACGCCGUGCCGGGUGGCGCCGUCCAUCCGCUCACCCGCUACGUGAUGAACUACCUCAAGUACGCGUGCGAGUACAAAAACACGAUGGAGCAGGUGUUCAGAGACCACAAGAACUCGGAGAACCCAUCGUCGCAGGUGGAGGACGCCGCAAAAGGCGGCAGCGACGACAACCAUAACCCGUUCGCGAUUCAGCUAAUGGAGGCGAUGGAAUUGCUGCACACCAAUUUGGAGUCCAAGUCCAAGCUCUACAGGGAUCCCGCACUCUGCAGCAUCUUCUUGAUGAACAACGGGAGGUACGUCAUGCAAAAGAUCAAGGGGGCGACGGAGAUCCAUCAGCUGCUAGGGGACACCUGGAGCCGGAAGCGGUCAUCGGAUCUGCGGCAGUACCACAAGAACUACCAGCGGGAGACGUGGUCCAAGGUGCUGGCGUGCUUCAAGGACGACGGGCUCCAGGCGAGGGGGCACGUCGCCAAGCCGGUGCUCAAGGAGCGGCUCAAGAGCUUCAACUCCAUGUUCGAGGAGAUCCACAAGGCGCAGAGCUCGUGGGUGGUGAGCGACGAGCAGCUGCAGUCGGAGCUGAGGGUGUCGGUGUCGGCGGUGAUCGUGCCGGCGUACCGGUCAUUCCUAGGGAGGUUCUCGCAGUACCUGGAUCCCGGGAAGAAGUCAGGGAAGUACAUCAAGUUCGGGCCGGAGGAGCUCGAGAACUACAUCGAUGAGCUCUUCUCCGGCAACCCGUCAUCCAUGGUUAGUCGGAAGAGGACAUGAGUGCCGAGAGCUUCUUCUGGAUUCCCUCACAGUCUUCUGUGUCCUCCUCCUAUUCAUGUACGUCACCAAAAAUUUUUAUCAUCAUAUCAAAUAGGGAUUUAUGGAUUCAUAUUUCAAGAAAUUAUUGAAUUGACUUCUUUGGGACCUCAAAAUAUAUCUAUCUAUCAGAUUUCUUUGACUUAAAUAUAAAUAUCUAAAAUUUAUGU